UGUAGCCAGCAGGAGCAGCAGAAGAUUCCAUUUUCAUUCAGCAUAUUGAAAGGAUUCUCUACAUUGUACGGGGAUUGUAAAACAUUCAUCGGGCAAUUAAGCGUUUAUCCCAGUUUCAUUUGUACUGUCUCUUGUAUUUGGAAUUGAAUUGAAUAUAAUUCUUUCGUUAUUUGGAAGCACAUUAGGUAUACAUUUUAUUCGUAAUUCUCAUAGAUUUGACAUCAGGAAUGAGUAUAGAAAUUCCUGAAGGCUUGACCGAGCUGUUGCAGAGCUUUACUGUGGAAGUGUUGCGGAAUCAGCCGGGAGAUUUGCUCGAGUUCGCUUUGCAGUAUUUCACCCAACUGAAGGACAGUGAGACCACAGGGGCCGCGUUUGGCAAUGACCAAAAUUCGGCCACGCGACCCAGUGGGAAAGCGGUCAAUUUCAUCGACGAAGCCAUGCAGAUCGAUUCUGAAAAUGGAGAGGACGAGGAGAGUGACGACGAGGAAUUCAUUGCUCCAGUGAUGAGUCGAUUCAUUAGAAGAGCAUCAGUUUGUGCCGAGGCGUUCAACCCUGAUGAAGAUGAGGAAGACAAAGAUCAGAGGGUCACCCAUCCUAAAACAGAUGAACAGAGGCAGAGACUACAGGAGGCCUGCAGAGGCAUCCUGCUGUUCAAAAACCUGGACCCGGAACAAUUUUCCCAAGUACUAGACGCCAUGUUUGAGAAGUUCCUUGAGGUAGGAGAACACAUCAUAGAUGAAGAUGACGAUGGUGACAACUUCUACGUCAUUGAAAGAGGGACCUUUGACAUCUAUAUGAGGGUUGAUGGUGUAGAGAAGACUGUGGGGGCCUAUGAUAACCGGGGGAGCUUUGGGGAGCUGGCCCUGAUGUACAACACCCCCAGGGCUGCUACCAUCGUCGCCACCUCGGCCGGAGCCCUCUGGUGCCUUGAUCGUCUGACAUUCAGGAGGAUCAUAGUGAAGAACAACGCGUUGAAGAGGAGACUGUACGAGGAGUUCAUUGAAUCACUUCCACUGUUAACAUCAUUAGAGCUUUCAGAGAGAAUGAAGGUGGUGGAUGUGUUGUCUUCUAAAGCCUUCAGCGAUGGAGAACAGAUUAUCGCUCAGGGUGAUCUAGCAGAUUGUUUUUAUAUAGUUGAAUCUGGUCAAGUUAGAAUCACCAUGAAGAGAACCAGGACGAAAAAGGACCAGGAGGAUGUGGAUAUAGCUACAUGCUCCAGGGGGCAGUACUUUGGAGAACUGGCCCUCGUCACGAACAAACCCAGAGCUGCUUCAGCUUAUGCUGUGGGAAGCGUCAAGUGUUUAGUUAUGGACGUGCAGGCGUUUGAGAGGUUGCUGGGCCCCUGCAUGGACAUCAUGAAGAGAAACAUUGCAAAUUACGAAGAGCAGCUGCUUACUCUGUUUGAAUGUAGCACCACUGACAUUGAGAUAAACCCAUGAAAACCAGAAGGGGGAAAAAGACAGUGAGAUGCACUAUGACGAUGAAGACGUGAUAAAUUGGUUGGUGGAAAGUGGAAAAAGUCUUGUCACUUUAUGUGUAACUUUUCCAUAACUACCUUUGUCAAGUAUUGCUUUCUUUCAGAAGUAGGAAACACAGUAUGUUAGACAGGUAAGAAGGAACGUACAGGAUCGAUUCCAGAUGACAUACAAGGGUUUUUGAAGGAUCGUUGACUUGGAGUGAUAUUUCUAUUGAAGCAAAGAUAUCUGUGUUAUUCCAAAACGUAAAUGUUCAUAAGUUCUGUCCUCACAACUUUCCUUUUUGGAUUUAUAUAUAUUUUUUUUUUACAUAUGUGCAUUUUAUUGAAUUUAUCAAAAUACAUUUUAAGUCACUUGUUUGUAUAUUAUUGAUCACUAUUAUGUUAUGUAAAAUAUAAAUUGGCCUUUUCAGAUUAUCUGAUAAUGUCAUAUUUCUUCAAAAAAUCUUGUGCCAAAGGUCAUUCCAUCCCUGCUAGAUUAUGAUUGUGUAAACAAAUCACGACCAUCCAUACCUUACACAUUAAAGUGUUAAUAAUU